AUGUCUAACAGUUUCCCCUACGCAGCCUACCCAGGCGUUGGCGUACCCACAACCUUCCUCGUUGGCCCUACCACCAAUCCAACACGCUUCGAUGUCCACCACUCACUACUGUCGAAAGUAUCACCGUUGUUUACUAAGCCCAAUGGGUUCCCUCGCAUCAUCCUCUCCAACAUCUCGCUCCCCAACAUUGAACCAGCUACAUUCCGUAUGCUCUUCACGUGGCUGUACGAGCGUAAGCCUCCUGAGUACGCAUCCGAUACGAACCUGUUAGACCUCAUGAAACUCUGGGUCCUAGCUGGAGAACUCGGCAUCUGGAGGACACAGAACACGGUAAUGAGGCUGGGUAUGGCGCUGAUGCAACCUGCCUACUUCGUCUGCAAGAUAGAGACGGUGAGGUGGGUAUACGAGAAUACGCCAGUAAAGUCAAGCCUUCGAGACUACAUCAUCACGAUUUUCUGCCAGCGCGGUCCACCAAUCGCGCCCUCAACGUUCUCGCCAGAUAACGAGCGUUUGGGUAUAUUUCGCGAUGCGGCAGAUUUCAUGCGCAAACUGAAUUUGGUCCGCGCUGGCAAUCCUAGAGGGCUAGAUGGAUACGACCUCUAUGAGCAGUUUCCGAUGCAACAUACGUGGUCGCCGAGCAAAAACGAGCUUGCUCCAGUGCGGGUUCGUGGAUGUCUGGUGACGGGUGGGGAGGAUGUAGAUUGGAGCAAGAUUGAGUAUCCACUUCCUUCUUUCUUGGUCUGGGGCAUAGAGUGGGAGGACUUACCGGAUAUGCAUUUCGUCAGCGAAGAGAACGUUCGAAGUGUGGCGGGAAACGUAUUGAAGCAGAUUGAGUUUCCAUAA